AUGGUCCAGCAGGCGGAGGGCCCGGACGGCGAGCCCGCCCUGCCCCGGGAGCCCAUGGAUCCGGAGGAGGGCGAGUUCCUGGCCUGCAGCCCGGCCGCGCUGGACGAGAGCGACCCGGACUGGUGCAAGACGGCGUCGGGCCACAUCAAGCGGCCCAUGAACGCCUUCAUGGUCUGGUCGAAGAUCGAGCGGAGGAAGAUCAUGGAGCAGUCGCCGGACAUGCACAACGCCGAGAUCUCCAAGCGGCUGGGCAAGCGCUGGAAGAUGCUCAAGGACAGCGAGAAGAUCCCCUUCAUCCGGGAGGCCGAGAGGCUGCGGCUGAAGCACAUGGCCGACUACCCCGACUACAAGUACCGGCCCCGGAAAAAGCCCAAGAUGGACCCCGGAGCCAAGCCGGGGGCCGGGCAGAGUCCGGAGAAGAACGGAGGAGGAGCGGGGGGAGCGGGAGGAGCGGGAGGUGGGAGUGGAGCCGGAGGGGCCGGGAGCUGUGCCACGGGAGGACCGGGAGGCAAAGCCGGCCCGGCCAAAGGAGGGCAGCCCGGGGAUUUGGUGGGCGAGGAGCGGCUCCUGGGCAAGGCCCCGGGGGGCAAGGCGGUGAGGUGCGUGUUCCUGGACGACGACGAGGACGACGAGGAGGACGAGGACGCGCUGCAGCUGCGCAUCAAGCAGGAGGACGAGGACGACGAGGAGGACGCCGAGCUGCAGCCGGCGCGGCAUCAUCCGCAGCCCCCCGCUCAGCAGCAGCAGCAGCUGGUCCGGCGCUACAACGUGGCCAAGGUGCCCGCCAGCCCCACCCUCAGCUCCUCGGCCGACUCCACCGAGGGGGCCAGCCUCUACGACGAGGUCAGGGCCGGGGGCAACCCCGGAGGGGGGCAGGGAGGCGGCGGCAGCCGCCUCUACUACAGCUUCAAGAACAUCACCAAGCAAAACACCCAGCAGCAGAAUUCCCAGCAGCAGCAGCAGCAGCAGCAGCAGCAGAAUUCCCAACAGCAGCAGCAGCAGCAGCAGCAGCAUUCCCAGAUGACCAGCCUGUCCCCAGCCUCGUCCCGCUCAGUGUCCAUCUCCAGCUCCGGGGAAGAGACCGACGACCUGAUGUUCGACCUCAGCUUGAAUUUCUCCCAGACCCCGCAAGGCCCGGGCGAGCCCCUGAACGGGAACCCCGCGGCGGGCAACCUGGCCCUCACUCUGGUCGACAAAGACUUGGAUUCCUUCAGCGAGGGGAGCAUGGGCUCCCACUUCGAGUUCCCCGACUACUGCACCCCCGAGCUGAGCGAGAUGAUCGCCGGGGACUGGCUGGAGGCCAACUUCUCCGACUUGGUCUUCACCUACUGAAAUCCCGGGCCUGGAGGUGGUGUCGCGGUGGUGGGCCACGGUGGCGGUGGUCCUGGUGGUGAUGGGGAGCGAGAGAGAGAGAGGAGAGAGAAAGUAAGAAAGGAAAAACAAAAAAAAGAGGAAGAGAGGAAGGCGCGGAGGAUGGAGAUGAUGCGAAGAGAAAAAAAAAAAAUUCGGAAAGUCAUGAUGAAAAAAAAUUGGAGUUAAACCGAAAUGAGUAGCUUCGAUUUUUCCUUUUUUGUUGUCUUGUUAUUUUUUCUAGUUUUUUUUUUUUUGUUAUGUUUCCUUAUCGUGUCUCAAGGUAGUUCCGAACCGAGCCUGGAGUUGUGAUUUUGUUUUUCCCCUGAUUUUUUUUUAUUUAAAAAAAAAAAUUCCUGAAAUUGAUCAUCGCAACAAAGGCGAAUGGGACUGGGGGGAAACGCGCCGGAAUGCGCUGGUAGAAGCUUGUCAGUCUUUGAUUGAAGUCUGGAAGACGGUCUGCAGAGAAGCCUUUUUGGCAGCGCAACUGUUAACUCAAGGGGGUUUGUGGAUUUUUAUUUCUUUCCUGAGAGAUCUUAAAGAACUGUUGAUUUUUUUUUAAAAAAAAGGGACCAUUGCAACUUUUUUAUUUUUUAUUUUUUUUUUUGGAGGGAGAAAACUGAUGUCUUCUAUGCAUCCGAUUCUUAACAAAGCUGCAGGGAGCUUGAAAAAAUGCAGACUGUACAAACGCUUACAAAAAAAAAAAACUGUGAACUGACUUAAGAUCAGAGUUUACUUUUCAGAUCAAAUUGUUUAUGGUUUUACAAAUGUGAUUUCUACUUGCCAACUUUUUUUUUGUAACUCGUUCCCUUAUACCUCCUUGAUUGAAUACCAGACAGCCUAGACCUCAGUACAAAAAGGUAUUGAAACAUUUUUGAUACAUAACAGACCUCAGUCUUUUUUAAAAAUUAAUAUAUUUUCAGGCGUAUUUUUGUACAGUGAAAAGGGAACAUUCUUGCUGUGUUUUUUCAGUAAGACUUU